GUCAACAGUUUAGCUAAAGCAGGUCCGCUGCUACAAGCCCGGCUCGCCGCAUCCGCCAUCCCGGAGGAUGCCAUGUCGCUGGACGGCGGCAACGAGGGGCAUCGACUGGAGGUGGGUUUGGACGAUCAAGACGACCAACACCACCCAAGUGACAACGGAACCCGCGACGGCGGCGGUGCCGGUUUGCAUGGCGACGAGGGGCAAGGGGCUGCGGCUGAGGACGGCGGUGGCGGCAACCAUGACCCGGCUGCGGAGGCCGAUGCGGGACCGGUAACGGAAACCAUAGCCGGAGGCCUUAUCAGCAUGCAGCAGAGGAAGGCUGCAAUCGAGCAGCAG